CCGCCUCGUUGGUACUUCAUUCCGAGAGCGAGUCCGGAUCCGAAAGGGGGCGGGACUUCCGCCCGGAAGUGGCCCACGUGUUUCCACCUUUGCCCACCUGGGUUCUUGGACUAGAAGGUAGGAAGGAGAUCACCGUGCAGGGCUGAGAUGGAUCCGCUCAGGGCCCAGCAGCUGGCGGCGGAGCUGGAGGUAGAAAUGAUGGCUGAUAUGUACAACAGAAUGACAAGUGCCUGCCACCGAAAGUGCGUGCCUCCCCACUACAAGGAAGCAGAACUGUCCAAGGGCGAGUCUGUAUGCCUGGACCGGUGUGUCUCCAAGUACCUGGACAUCCAUGAGCGGAUGGGCAAAAAGCUGACAGAGUUGUCUAUGCAGGAUGAAGAGCUGAUGAAGAGGAUGCAGCAGAGCUCUGGGCCUGCAUGAGGCCCCACAGGAUCCACCCCGAGCCUUGUGAGCAACCCUGAAGCAGAGGACCCAUUGAAGCUGUACCCCAAUGCCCGACCUAGAGAAACUAAGAUAAUAUAUGUUAAGCGAUUACAUUUUGGGGUAAUUUUCUAUGCAGCAGUAACUAUCCAAUCCAUGUACAGUUCUCACAGCUGUUACAAUUGUCUGAGACUAUGGUCAUUCCACACCUAUACCGAGGAUGGGCCAGGCACUAUUCCAGGCAUUUGGGACACAUCAGUCAACACAACAUAAAAAUCCUUGUCCUCUAGGAACUCCUAUUCUGAUAGGGGUGGUUCACAUAGAAGUCUGCUGGAAGUGCUGUUUUGAAGGAAAGACAAACUCCCUCAGCUUUGCGGAGAAGUUCUUAACUUCCUUUGGGUCUUAGACACUUGAAACCCCAACAAAAGCCAUGGACUUUUUUUUUUUAGAAAAAUGUACAUGCACAUGGAAUUUUGCAUCAAUUUUAGGGAUUUUCGUAAGAAUUCUUGUGGCCUGCCCUGAGAGGAGUCUUGUGAUGAGCAUUGUUUUAGGUGCUGGGGCAAAGAGAAACAAGCAAAAUAGAAGGUCUAUGGAGGGAAGACAUAGUAAAAUCAGUGGCGUGUACAGUGUGCUACGAGCUACAAGAGAUGUCCGGCAAGUUGUAAGGCUACAUAAAGGAAUUGCCCCCAUAUCUGGGGGCUCAGAGAAGACUGUCCCCCUGAAAGUCACUGAGGCUAUGCUUUCAGUGAUCUUAGAGAGAG